CGCCGCCGCUCCGCUUCGUCUGUGCCGUCUGGACCCGCUGGAGAAGUGACCGGGGCGGGUGAGGGGAGGGGAGAGAGAGACCAGGCAGCCGAGCUCGGGAUUCAGGGGGAACGAUGGGAACAGGUCUCCGGACGUCUCCUCCUUUGUGCGCCUCCGGAGCCGCGCUAUAGCUGUAUGCGGCCAGGUCCAACUCACCGUGUUAUUUUCUACACGUCCUCCGCUGUGGAGGCUCCGGCAGCGUUAGCUUAGCAUUUAGCUGCCGCGGACAGAGUGAGACCCCCCCCCCACACACACACACAGGUACGGGAGAGGAGGAGAGGAGGGGUCGGUGACAAAGGAAGGUGGCGAGGGAACGAUGCACCGGUUUCGGAAGUGGCUGUACAAGCCCAAGAGGACGGACCCUCAGCUCCUGGCCCAAUUCUAUUACGCUGAUGAAGAGCUGAACCUUGUGGCCACGGAGCUGGACAGCCUCGACGGCAGGAAGGACCCUCAGAGAUGUACCCUGCUGGUCAACCAGUUUCGAUCCUGUCAGGACAAUGUGUUGAACAUUAUCAAUCAGAUCAUGGAUGAAUGUAUCCCCGACGACCGGGCCAACAGAGACUUCUGUGUCAAGUUCCCCGAGGAGAUUCGUCAUGACAACCUGGCAGGGCAGCUGUGGUUUGGGGCUGAGUGUUUGGCUGCCGGCUCCAUCAUCAUGAACAGGGAGAUAGAGAGUAUAGCGAUGAGGCCUCUGGCUAAAGACCUCACUCGCAGCCUGGAGGAGGUUCGAAACAUCACCAGAGACCAGGCCCUGAGAGAUCUCAACUUGUACACGGACCGCAUGAAGGACGCACUGCGACAUUUUGACAGCCUUUUUGCCGAGUUUGAGCUCAGUUAUGUGUCAGCCAUGGUGCCUGUGAAGUCUCCCAAAGAAUACUAUGUACAGCAGGAGGUGAUUGUUCUCUUCUGUGAGACUGUGGAUAGGGCUCUGAAACUGGGCUAUCUCACACAGGACAUGAUCGAUGACUACGAACCUGCACUGAUGUUUACAAUUCCCAGACUAGCCAUUGUGUGUGGGCUGAUUGUGUAUUCAGAGGGGCCUCUCAACCUACACCGAAAACCAGAGGACAUGUCGGAGCUCUUCCGGCCUUUUCGCACUUUACUUAAGAAAAUCAGAGAUCUGCUGCAGACCCUGACUGAAGAGGAGUUGGUUUCGCUGGAAAGGAACCUGUGUAUCUCUCAGGAUGGGGAAUUGUCCACAGACCAGGAGCUGGCUGCGAACAGUGAACCAGCACCGAUCCAAGAGAAUCAGUCAUCCUGCAGCAACGCUAAUGACACCUCCAACGGGGAGAAUGAGGGGGAGCAGGAGCAUCUGGCUCUGUAUGUGUGUCCCAGCCAGGAGGAGGAGCUGGCGGAAGUGGAAAAGGGCUGGGAGCAGGUGGAGACGGAGAGGGGAGAGGAGGAGCGGGAACAGGGCCUGCUUUGCGAGGAGGCUGAGGAGGCUGAGCUGGCCUGCUCCAUGCAGUACGACGAGGAGGAACUGGAGCAACUCAACAUGAUGGUGUAUCUUGUUGGAGACGAGAUGUCCACCCUGCUGUCGCCACCCAGCCAGGGUCAGUCACCAGCCCGGAAACCAAACAGAGGUGAGGAUGGAGGCUCCAGUGGGGCUUCCAGCACUGACACGUCUCCCUGCCGCAGGCUUCUGGUGAGCCGGGGAAGGACAGGCAUCUAUGUAGAGGAGGAGGACAGGGUUUUCUUCAUGGACGACCUGGAUGCAGGCGGAGAAAACAUCACCAGCAUUUCAAAAGAUGCCUGUAGUUGUGUCUCCUCUCCUUUAAAAGCACCAGACUCUGCGCGUCCCUUGCAACGCAAGCUGGGACAGCGGCCAGACUUAGUAGGGAACGGCUGGUACUCUGAGACCCCAUCAGAGCAGCCAUGCCCACAGCCACGCAGUCAGAACACACUCUGUCACAACGCAAAGAUCCCACCAUGCACCACCGCUCCUGGCUCAGAGCCUUUGCCUUACACAAAUGGGUGGGAGAUGGGUUUAGAGGGGACAGCUUCUGAAACUGCAGAGGUCAUCGCCCACCGUAUGGGUGGGAUGAAGCUGUCUGCCACUGUCAUCUUCAACCCUCGCUCCCCGAGCUUGACAGAGCUGGCCGUGGACAAGCUGCUGCUUCAGCGGCCCACUCCCUCUGAAAUUGAGCCCUGCAGCCCUCUGGUGGCCACUCACUGCCUGCUUAACUCGUGUGUUUGCUGUGGGAGCUGUGAGGAUGGCCACGAGGAUGCCAUCACCACUGAGACCACUGGACUCAGCUUAGGGAUCGCUCUGGGAUUGGACAAACACUCUAAGAAUGCAGUCCCCAGCACCGUCAUCCAGUCUGCUGCAUGUAUGCUGCCCCCACGAGGUCACGAGCCUCACAGUAAGGGGGAGCGGACCGAGGUGACUCCACCUUCUGCAGAACCGCUGGUAGAGGAUUCAAACUCCCAGUUCUGCGGGACGUGCCUGGUGUUGGCUCCAGGGCCGGGGCAUCACGCUCAGGACUGUAGGUCCAGUGGAGGGGAUGGAGCCUCUUUGUGCAACAACCAGAUGAGGACAGAAAAGAGGCAACAGGCCAGUGGAGGCCGACAGAGGGAUAAGGAGGUGGAUAAAGAUAAGCCAGGAUGUAAAGAGAAGAGGGACACCAAAGACGACAGCAGAAGGAGCUCCAGUCUCCAGAACUCUCCCCUCAGCUCUGUGUCAGGUAGUGACUGUGAAAGUGUGUCGGUCACCACAUGUAGUCUGUCGAGCAGCGCAUAUACGCCCAGCCCUGCGAGUAGUCUGACUCCCAGCUCUGGGACCUCAGAGGACCCAGACCAUCGAGAGAUCCAGCUGGCUCUGGAAGACGCCAAGGUGGCCGCCAGGAACAAAAUCCGAUCCCGCUUCCACAGCAGCAGUGACCUGAUCCACCGUCUCUUUGUUUGCAUAUCUGGUGUUGCUGAUCAGCUGCAGACCAACUAUGCCAGUGACCUUCGCAGCAUCCUGAAGACUCUGUUUGAAGUCAUGGCGACCAAGUGCGAGGUGGGAGACGACGAUAAGCAAAAGAAAGCAGGUCCUGUGCUGCAUAGUGCUGUGCUGGAGGACUGUGCUCUCUGUCAAGAGACCAUUUCUUCAUCUGAAUUGGCAGCCAAGGCGCGAGAAGGCCAGUUUGAAGACCCUCCUGACUGGGUCCCUGAUGAAGCCUGCAACUCCUGCAUUGCCUGCAAGGCUCCCUUCACUGUCAUCCGCAGGAAGCAUCACUGUAGGAGCUGUGGAAAGAUAUUUUGCUCUCGCUGCUCCUCCCACUCGGCACCAUUGCCCCGGUACGGCCAGGUGAAGCCCGUCAGGGUGUGCACACACUGCUUCAUGUUCCAUGUCACGCCCUUCUACAGCGACAAGGCCAGCAUCUGACCUCAUAUUUUCUAAGAAAGCACACAGUCCACCACAUUAAGAUCAUAUGCAACACACAGAUCCACAGCUGUGUACAAAGCAAAUGCUACACUGCUCUGGUCAACUUAAAUGGUCGUCGUUGUUCCUGCUAAGCAAGGCUUCAGAGUAAGGCCAUUACAGACGACAGAGCAAAGAGACCAGUCCCCAGUGUUGACGAUGAGAUCUGUUUCUGAGAGAUGUUGGCGCCUCAGUGGGAACCACAGGGUUGGUUUUCUGUGCCCAGACAAUGCAAAUGGUUCACAAAUGCCUGUCUUGAUAAUAGAGUUGCAACAAAAGAAAGGGAAUGAACGGGCAAUAACACAUUUGGUACUGGUAUUGUGCAACAGUCUUCUGUAGCAGUUUGCAACACAACAUCAGAAACAAACACUUAGUUUUUUGUUGCUUAAGGUGUAAAUGAAAGGACUUGUGAAAUAUUUUCCUAUUCUUUAGCGAGCUUCCUACAUUUGUGCCAGAGCUCCCUCGGGACUCGGAUUACUCAAAAGAAUGUAAAUCACAAUAACAAUGUAAAUAAGGAUAAUUCUGGUAAGAGCCACUCUAAAAUGUCUCCAGUAAAUGAUUGCUAAGUAUGGGGACUAGAAACCAACCUUCACCAGGCUACUAGUCACAGUAAAGCAAAAAUGAAAAACAGAUGGCUUUUAUAUUGAGAUUCCUUCAUGUGUAAUGUCAAUGAAUGUGUAAUUUUGAACCACUUUUAGAAAUGAAUCUAGGUUCCAUCAAGGACUGUUCAGCUCUUGAUGGUGAUGGGCUGUGCCCAUUGCUUUUACAGUUGCACCAUGGCAUGUUAAGUUUUCUCCGGGGUCUUGAAGUCCCCCUAGUGGAGAGUUUUCCUCUCUUCACUCAGUGCUGUCAUCACCAUGAUGAGAACAAAUGGUUUUUAACCAUCAGCCUUUUCAGGGGCUUGCCUACAGGCCAAUUAUUGCCCUAUCGAUUUUCCCUUCCUCACACUUAUUAUAGUGCAAUAUUACUAUGAACUACAGUGGCUCUGCACACUUUACAGAUCAUUUGCUGUUUGAAUUGUAGUUCUAGGCCUUUUCUGCAGAGCGAAGCUGUGCUGAAUUCUGUUUACACCCAGUUAUUCCCAUGUUUGGCUCCGGUGGUACUGUCGGGCUGGAACAAAUAUUCGGUUUCCAGAAAAAGAAGAUUUACAUCUGACUUCCUUUCUGCUCUUGAAUCUGCUUCCUCUUAUCCUCCACGCUCUUAACAUCCAUCUGAACGGUUUGCAGUGACCAGUCAAACAGCAACAGUCUGAUAUCACGUUAUGUCCAUUCUGCUCUGACUCUAAGCAGUUUCUCAGGCUUUACAUCAUCCGAAUUACUAACUACUGUUGGAUCAAUCUUAUUUUCGUCAAAUAACUCAUUAACUCACUUUGAAAUGGUAUGUUGUUUUUUUCUUUCAUAAAGAACAAAUAUAAUGUAUGAAGCUGUAAUUACUUUUAUGUAAAAGAAAGAAAAUAAGGAAUCAUUAUCAUAUUAAAUUAAGGGGCAAUAUCCUAUUAUUAUUUCAGAACAUGGUCUUAUUUUGUAAAAUUCCAGUACAUUUACAUGAUGAAAGCUGUGUAAAAUAUUCAACAAACAAAUAAUGUUAUAUAGUUUUAAAUGACAUGUAUAUUGAAAUAAAUUACUUUUCCUGUUUGAAAAA